AUGAGUGGAGCCAGCACGAGUUUCACGACGCUCCUAGCCGCUAAGCUUGGCGUCGAAGCGCCUCGAGAGAAUACCGCGUGGGCAACUGACCCCACUAUAGUUGUAAUAGCGUCGAAAAGUAAGGUGCAGUUGAGUAGGGAUGCGUUCGGAGCGGUGCGAUUGAGCCUAGUAGUUAUAACCGAAAGAGAACCUUUGCUAGCACCUCUCAACGCUGCAGUUCGCGAUGGCUCCACCUAUAUUCCCACUGGUAUCUUCACCUCGUUGCUUCGAGCACAACCGUUUACGCAGCUGCACAGUUUUUCAUGUCUUUUUGACCCGACUAUACUAGAAGCUUGA